GUUGCAUCGCGACCGUCGAACCGAGAGCACGUCGGUUUGAAAUUCGAACAUCGAUACGAACGAAUCAUGUGGACGAGUUGUAAAUUAAAAAAGUAAAGUGUUUUUUUUUUUAAUAGUGCUGUGACGAUGGCGGUGUAUUUUGGUGUUCUGUUGUGCGUGGUGGGGGCGUUAGGGUUUAAUGUGCAUAUACCGUCCAGGGUGGUGUAUAAGGGUAGCGCUGACUCUAUGUUUGGAUUCACAGUGCAGGCGCAUGUUGAUAAUGGCCAGAAAAUGAUCCUGGUGGGGGCGCCAGAAGCAGACUCACAGUAUCUGUCGUCGAACAGGAAACCUGGCGCCGUGUACCGAUGCGACGCUGGCGAGAGAGGCUAUCAGAGAGACACGCCUCUCGACCACUGCCAGGAGAUGUGGUUCGACAAGAAGAGAGGAAAUACACGGGAUAAGCAGCAGAACCCGAUCGACGAGAAGUCAAACCAGUGGUUCGGGGCUACCCUUAGCAGCACUGGGAAAAAUGGACCCAUCGUGGCUUGCGCACCUCGCUACGUCUCUUUCGUGAACCACCGCCUGCAGCACCGCGACCCAGUAGGUGCCUGUUUUGUGGCCUCUUCAUCAGACGGACACGAUGUCAAGGAGUUCUCACCCUGUCGCACCCAUUUCAAAACCGUGGAUGAGGCGAGCCAUGGGAACAGGAAGACCGGAGUUUGCCAAGCUGGGUUCUCUGCUGCUAUUUCUAAGGAUGUCAACGGAUUCGAACGUUUAUUCAUGGGAGCACCCGGCAGCUGGUACUGGCAAGGGCGAACAAUAUCAAUAGAUUCCACCGAGACAUUCAACAGCUACUAUAUGAAAAUACCGGAGGAAGGUCAGAUAUAUUCACAGAGCGUUGGCUCGAACCCGAUCCUGAUCGCCACUCCUGAAGCCAACCCCAAAUAUGACGACUCGUACAUGGGGUACUCGGUGGCUGUGGGAGACUUCGCUGGCACUAAGCAGCAAGGAGUCGCUGUUGGGAUGCCGAGAGGAGCUGGUCUGAAGGGCCUGGUGGUCCUCUACACCUGGGACCUGCAGAACAUCCGCAACAUCAGUGGCUCUCAGAUCGGCGCCUACUUCGGCUACAGUCUGGCCUCUGGCGACAUCGACGGCGACGGCUUGGAUGACGUCAUCGUUGGCUCGCCCAUGUUCAGCAAACCUAAGAGCGAUGGCUUCGAGCAUGGCAGGAUCUACGUCAUUUACCAGGGAAGAGAUAGGUCGUUCUUGAAGAGCCAUUGGAUCACCGGAGAGGUGUCUCGGGGUCGAUUUGGCUUGUCCGUCGCAUCGCUGGGAGACAUCAAUUAUGACGGUUUUGGAGAUAUCGCAGUAGGAGCCCCGUACGGUGGUGAGCACGGUCGUGGCGUCGUUUACAUCUUCCAAGGCAGCGAGACUGGCAUCAGGGACAAGUACUCCCAGGCUAUCAAGGCUGAAGACAUCUCUCCGUCUUUAACUACCUUCGGCUUUUCGCUGUCUGGAGGCGUGGAUCUGGACGAUAACAGCUAUAACGAUUUGGCUGUUGGCGCUUAUAAAUCGGACAGUGUUGUGUUUUUGAAGUCUCAACCAGUAGUAAAAGUUAUGGCUGAAGUGAAAUUCCAAGAAGACACCAAGUUGAUAUCGUUGACUGACAAACGUUGCACCACUAGAGACGGGACUAAAGCCGUCUGCUCCAAACUCAUUUACUGCCUGCAGUUUGGCGGUAUCAAUGUAGACCGACAAAUUAAAUUCAACGUGAGUUUGGACUUGGACUCAAGGAAGACAACGACCAAGAGAAUCUUGACCGAGCGACGAGAGUCCACCUAUACGACCACAAUCGCACUGGAACAGGGCCAGCAGAAAUGUGACAGCCUCACCGUUUAUUUGGAUGAGGAAAUCCGUGACAAGCUAACACCCAUCGAAGUGAAGAUGACAUACAACCUGAUGAACCAAGAGCCUCACGGAGGCAUCGUGCCUCCAGUGCUGGACCAGACGCAGAACAUCCAGGCGGCCGACUCUCUGAACAUACAGAAGAACUGCGGGCCGGAUAACGUGUGCAUACCUAAUCUGCAUAUGGAGGUUUCCUCACCAAUCCGAGAAUACACCCUCGGCUCCGGAGAGAAUAUCAACCUGGACGUGACCGUCACCAACAGCGGCGAAGACGCCUUCGAAGCCGCAUACUACCUGAAGAUCCCCGCUGGUGUCACCUUCGCUAAGAUGGAGAGGCUCGACAAGGACAGUGAAGCCAGCCAAGCGAAUAUUUACUGCUCGGUCAUUGGCGGGAAGGACGUCAGUUUGAAUACUACUUUGAAGUGUGAUUUGGGCAAUCCUAUGUCUAGGGAUGAAAAGGUCCAUUUCCAAGUAGUCCUGGAAGUGGACACGACGGUUUCCAGCAUGGUAUUCGACAUGGAAACUAACUCGACCAACCCUGAGCAGAACACGAAUUACGAUAACGUGCGGCGUCUGUCCAUUGGUGUGCUGGUUAAGGCCAUGCUGUCGGUCAUUGGUACCUCCGACCCUCCUGAGCUUCACUACAACGCCUCACUUUACGAGCUCGAGAACUUCACCGACGAAGCGAAACUCGGCCCCCAGGUCAUCCACAAGUACCAGAUCAAGAACGAAGGACCCUUCACAGCUGAUGAGACUGAGUUCUACAUCAUGUGGCCAUACCAGACUCUUACCGAGGAGAACCUGAUGUACAUGCUGGUGCAACCUCAGCCGCUUGGAAACGUGCGCUGCGAUGUGGCUCGCAACGUGAACCCGGCUAACCUUGUUGUGUCCUCGCCCUACGUGUCUUGGCUGAACAAGGAGAAAGAAGCCAUGGAAAGCAGUGAAUUCGCGUCCAUUUACAGAGAGUAUAUAGCACAGAACUCCCGCGACUGGUAUGAACAAAGAUAUUAUUCCGGAAGCGAAGCUGGUCAGUUUAUCGGAGAAGGUGGCAGGCAGUAUGGCCAAUCAGGCGGCAGCUACUACCAAUCAGGAGGAGGCUACAGGCAGUCAGGUGGCAGCGUCAGCCAAUCAGGCAGCGGCUACAGACAAAAUGGCGGCUCCGUCAAUACCUACGACAGAAACUCCAUUAUAGCUCAAGAAGAAACAAGGAAGAGGAUGGAAGCAGAAGCAGUGGCUAGAGAACAGUUCAACAGCCUCUUCGGUGGAAAAUUCGACUAUAAUCGUAAUCGUGAUGAGAUUCCUAAAGAUUAUACUGUGACGAAAUACAGGAAUAAGACGGUUGUAUACGAUGACAGGAACAACAUAGUGUGGCAAGCUGAAACUAGCACGGAGUAUGGAGGACUCAUUGGCCAAGAAGCUGGUGGAUCUUAUCAUGCGUCUGGCCAAGACUACUUCGGCCAGCAAGGUUCCCGAGGCGUCGUGUCGCACAGCGGUUCCCAAGGUUCCUUCCAAGGAGGUGCUCCGUUCGUGCACCGCGACUUCGCUACAACGGAGACGGUGAACCGUGACGUCAUCAACAGAGACUCAGCGACGUACAGAGCUGGUCUGACGAGCGUUGGUGACAGUGAGGAUGAUAUUGGAGGUUUCGGAGCGUCUGCAGCACAAGGAACCAACGGCGAGUUCAGAAGCGGUGUAACCGGAGUAGGCUACGACAAUCGGCAGUCAGCCAGCCAGGGAAGCCAGAGCUCCGGUGGGAGAUCAGGCUACCAGGGGGGAUAUUCUCAAGGAUACCAGGGCCAGGGCUACCAGGGUGGACAGUUCUCGUCAGGGUCUCAGAGUGCGAGGAGUGGUGGAGCAUAUUCUUAUUCCAGCCACUCUGAAUCAGGGUAUAGUGCACAGUCUGGAGGCAGCUAUUCAUCAGGACAAAAACACGAAAGUGCCAGAAGAAAACGAGAGGAUCAGUUCCAGGUGGACAGCCAGCUCAGCGCCCUCCUGAAGAGCUGUAACGAGAAGUACAAGUGUGCGGUGGUGCACUGCGCUACCGGGCGCCUGCUCAAGGGACAAGAAGUCUGGGUCGCCCUGCGGACGAGGCUCAACGCCAGUGUGCUCAAUGAGAUCUCAAAAGACCGUCCAGUGAAGAUUUCUUCCCUCGUGGCAGCCCACGUGACUCAGCUCCCAAUAGUGGGCUCGCCGAAGCAUACCACAUGGCACCAGGCUGAAGCCAAAACCGUGGUGACCCCACAGCUGGGUGCCGCUGAGAGCGGUUCCAUACCUCUGUGGGUGAUCAUCUUAGCUGCAGUUGUGGGUGCCUUACUGUUGCUGCUACUGAUCUUCGCUCUGUAUAAGUGCGGCUUCUUCAAACGCAACCGCCCCUCAGACCACAACGAGCGGCAGCCGCUGAACGGGCGCGACGAGCACCUCUGAUACCCGCCCGCGGAGCCGCCUGCCUCCGCCAACACUGCCACAUCUGCCACUUCUGCCACCUCUGCCACUUCGGAGACAUCUGUCACCUCCUCUAGCAGUUCCACAGAUGCUGCGAGUGACGUUACCAGUCGGGACUCCACUAGUUUUGAUAGGUAUUGAAAGUGAAUAGUGAUUUUUGAAAGUUGUAGUAUUCUCACAGUGUACAGUGUACAGUGGUCUAUUUCACAGUGACAUUGACACUUGAAACUGACAGUUCUCUGCCUAUUUCUGGGUUGAUAAGUAACAUUAUUACUCAGCGUCAAUUAUUAAUUUGUUGAAUAGGCAAUAAACAGCAAAGUGUCAUUGUCAAUGUGGAGAAACCGGUCACGGGUUGUCCCGUAAGAACGCUUGUGUACUCGUAAUGAUUAUGAAAUUCUGGACCUAUUUUCAGACAUUUUCCAUUGGGAAUUAAAACUGCUGUAUCUACAAAUCUUGCAAAACGUUUGUGGGAGACUCUUUUUACAGUUUUUACGAAAUUACGCGCGGGGGAUUUUAUGAAGGUUUUUGUAGUGAUAGCAGUUUUUCUUCGUAAAGAGACUUGGAAAAUGAUAUUAAAUGUAGAUACAAUCUCUUAAAAAAUUAUUAAAAUUUGUUUGUAUGGAACUAAGCUGCUGUUAAUAGAAAAAUACGUGGACUAAUAUCAGUAGUGUAUCGCUUUUUAGAAAAAAUUAAAAUGCUACAUCAUUUGUUUCAAUUCAAAUAUUUGUAAAUCACUGCCGUAAGUAGUUGUAGCUACACACUUAUACUUUCAAGCCAUAUCUUAAUUAGAAUAUAUCUAAGUGGUAGGCUCUAGAAGUAACAUUAAAAGUUCAUGGAACUUUUUGUGUUAAAAAA